CUUUACAGACCUGCUCCACCGGAUGGCAGUGAUCACCCAAAGCAACUGGGCAAGCCUCCAGAUCCUCAGGGCAAGCCACCAGAUCACGGGCUCCCUACGCUAAGUAAAAGCAAAACAGUCGAUACCCUGAAAACAGAGCAACAGGUCCCUGGAAGAAGCCCAUCGUCCAUGAGUUUGAGGGAAUCUACAUCGAAGGCUGAUUUAAAAGAUGACCAGAAGCCAACUAUGAUGCCCAGCUUUCUCUCGGAUGCCAACCCAUUUGGCGCAGUCACAUCCGUUGUCAAUAAAUUCAGUCCUUUUGAUUUGAUAUCUGACUCGGAUACAAACCAGAACGAAGGCUCCAAGAAAGGGAAGCCCACCCAAAGGGACCAGGGGAGACCUGAGCAACAGGAGGGGCUCUCCAGGCAGCCCCUGCAGCAUUCAGCUCCCAAGCCAAGCAGUCCACAUCAUGGGCCCGUCAAGCCGGCCCCCCAAAAGGCAGGGCCUCCCACGCAGGCUCUGCAGCAGCAGCAGCAGCUGCAACCUGGGGUGCCUAAGCAAAGGCAGAGGCCGGGCUCUGGCCAAGCGACAGAAGGAGCAAAGCAUCCUCCAGAACCAGCCACCUCUCCCUCCUCCGUCCCAAAACAAGAACCUACGAGACCCGCAAAACCUUCCCCACAACAGUCGGGAGCUGAAAAGGCGGCUAGUGUGGGCCUUGCUAAAACGGCCCCCCAAUCCCCCGCUCUCAAAAAGCCAGCACUGCAGCAGGGGGCGCCUCCUUCCAAGCAGAAGGCCCAGCAGCAGCCGGAGGGCCCUGCAAAGGCCGAGCCAGCAGCCUCCAGCCAGCAGCCGUUGCAACGUUCGGCUGGCCCCGCGAAAGCAGCCCUUCCCCCGCCUGGAGCCCCUGGAAAACAGCCCCCCCGGCAGCCCCCCGCAAAGCCUCCCGCCCAGCAGGCCACGAAGCCUGGCCCUCCCCUGCCUGGGCCUCCCCAACCUUCCCAGCCUGGGACUCCCUCACAACCUGGAUUACAAGCCAGAAAGAAAACGUUCUGCCCGCUUUGCACAAACACUGAGCUCCUCCUGGACGUCCCCGAGGAGGCCAACUACAACACCUGCACCCAGUGUCAAACUCUAGUCUGCAGUUUAUGCGGCUUUGAUCCCAACCCCCACAUAACAGGGGUUAAAGAAUGGCUGUGCUUAACCUGCCAGAUGCAGAGAGCUUUAGGUGGGGACUUGGCUCCUGCUCAGGGCUCUGGACCUUCGGUACCCAAGCAAGAAUCUCCGGCCAAAGCAGCUUCUCAACCGCAGCCAGCUACCAAGAAGAAAGAAGCGGCUCUAAAACCUGAUGCGACCAAGUCCUUGGAGCAGAAAAAGCCCCCAGCGCAAACAAACCAGGCUGCUCUGCCCAGUUCCUCUCCUGCAAAAGCAGAGGCUCUUCCUGCUGAACCCAAGCAGGCAGAAUCCACCCCGAGGUCCGGCCAGGCCAAGCCGUCGGGAAGCGAGGAUAAACAAGAGCAAUCUAGUCCUCGGAAGCUCACAAGCGACGACGCAACUAAACCGUCACCGUCGGAUUCCAGACAAAAUAGCUCCAAGCCUUUACUCACUCAACGUAAAGUCCUUCAGAGGUCAGAAGAUGACAAGCUGUCACAGGACCAACGUGCACCUGGUGGCAAAAUCGCUGCUCCAGAUUGCAAAACUUUAUCUCAAGUGUCUUCUCAAAAGUCUGCAACAAAACUCAGUUCUCCGCUUGGAAGCGACUUAAAUGCUAAGGGCCAAAAGGAAACCGAAACAGCAGAAGCGAAAGAGCCUUCUGUGAAAACCCAGCCCCAGGGGAAUCCCAAACCAGAUGCCAAAUCCACUCCAAAAGGCCAACAGGCCCCAGUGGGCGCCAAGCCCAGCCAAGCCCGGCCUCAGGUUCAGGCCCAACCGCCCCCAAAAGCCCCGGAACAAGCCAAGCGCUUCGGCCUUCAUGCAGGAGGCGAUGCUCCCAAGCCACUUCCAGCAGCCCCUCCAGAAACGGUGACCGGGAAGCUGUUUGGAUUUGGGGCUUCCAUUUUCAGCCAGGCUUCCAGUUUGAUCACCACAUCAGGCCAGCCAGGAGCUCCGGCACCGGGACCUGCCCCUUCAGCCCCCUCCAAGCAGCCCCUUCCCCCUGCCCUGCAAAAGGAGCCCCCUCCACCGUCUCCUAAGGGGGCGCCUGCGAAGAAGGAAGCGAAGCCUCUUCCUGGGGCAGAAAAAGCCUCCCAAAAGGAAGCCAGCCAGGCGGAGGCCGAGAAGAAGCCGCUGCCUCCCCAGGCCUCCCAGGCGCCUGGUGGGGCUGGGAGAGAAAAGAGGGCAGGGCCACCACCGGAAGCACCCCAAGGGCCCCCGCCGGCCUCCCUCUGUCCCCUCUGCAAAACUGGCCUCAAUGUGGGGUCUACAGACCCUCCCAAUUACAACAGGUGCACAGAGUGUAGGACCGUGGUGUGCAGCCUCUGUGGAUUUAAUCCCACGCCCCACAUCACAGAGGUCCAAGAAUGGUUAUGCCUAAACUGCCAAACUCAAAGGGCGCUUUCAGGACAACUUGGGGAAAUGGAGAAAAUCACACCUCCUGUGUUUCCAAAAUCCCCUGUCAGACCAUCAAAUCCGGUCCUUCAGAGUCAGUCCAAAUCUGCCGAGUUGCACCAACAGCAACAGAUUUCAGCAAAACCUGCCCUGCGCUCUGAGAAACCAAAGGUUGGUUCAGAAACCCAGAAAGAGGAUCCGAAGGUAAAGAAGGAGACACUUUCAGCAAAGACAUUUACUGGUCGGAUCCAAGAAGAAAUCUUUAAAAUUGAUAUUUCAAAGCUUUCACCAGGAAAAUUAGCAAAAACAACAUCUGUUGAUAGAAUCAUUCAAGGAAUUUCAAAAGAAGAUUCAAAAGCAGAAAAGGAAAAAUUGGGGAAAUCAUCAUCUGCUGACCAAAUUCUUAAAAAUGAGUCAAAACUGGCUACAAUUGACAAGCGUUCACAUGAUAAGAUAAGCAUGGAAGAUGCAAAAAUACCUCUGUCCGAAGACUCAGAAUAUCAACCGGUGAAACUGGCCAGAGAGGAACCGCGGAAGGAAGAGCCAGCCGCUCAAGUCAAAUUGCCACCUGCUGAUCAGAGUCAGGUGGAUCCGGGGACCUUGGAAAAAAUACCAUCAGCUGAUAAAACCCCGCAAGACAUUCAAAAGCCGGAUCCAAAGAUUUACCGAGACAAAAUGACAAAAGUAGCCUCAGAUGGCGAAAUUGUGAAAGCUGAACCAAAAUUUCAGCAGGCAAAAUUGGCCAAGAUACUAUCCUCUGAUCAAAUUCAGAAAGAAGAUUCAAAACGAAUUCCAGCAAAAAUAAUGAAAACGGCAUCCGCCGAUCAGCUUUUAAAAGAUUCUGUGAAAUUUAAGGAACUAAAAGAAGUGAAAUUGCCCAGGGUGGAGCCAAAGUCUUCCGAGACAAGUAGUGGCCAAAGGCCCCCGUCAGAAGCCUCAGACCACCUCCCCACAAUCGGACACGUACCAGAACGAGAGCAACUGUUCGAAGAAAGGCCAGAAGCUGGAAUGCAUGUAGAAACAAAGCAGAAGGAAGAACAUCCCACGAUCCCAUCAGAAACCAUUUCAAAAGCUGAUAAACUGCCCAAAGAUCUACCCAUCUCCUUACCAAAGUCUUAUCCUGAGGAGACGGUGAGAGACAAAACGGAAAAAGAAGAUGACAAAUCAGACAUAUUAAGUUCUCAGCAGCCCAAAAGCCCUCAAGGCUUGAGUGAUACAGGGUAUUCCUCGGAUGGCGUCUCGAGUUCCCUGGGUGAAAUUCCAAGCCUGGUCCAGGCGGACGAGAAGGACGCGCUGAAAGAGUCUUUUGAGAAAGAGUCUCUGUCACAAGGGGGCAGCCCGGCCAGCCCUUCCGACCUGGCCAAGCUAGAAAGCACGGUCUUGUCCAUUCUGGAAGCUCAGGUCACAAGCCUCCUCGUGGAGGAGAAGUCUGGGAGGAGCAAAGGCCUUUCAGCUGAGCAGGCAAAGGUCUCCCGUGAAACAGCCCUCUUGCCUGUCACCUCAGAGCCGUUCGGUUCUGAGGAAGGAGGUUUGAGAAAACUGAGCCUUCAAGAUGAAGGAGACCCAGAGCAGGGCAGUAAGGAAACUUUGCCCCCUCAGAAAGGGCCCAGGCAGACGGCAGGGGUGGCAGAGAGCGCAUCAACCAGGAGGCCGCGCUAUGACUCUGUGGAGGACAGCAGCGAGAGUGAAAACUCCCCUGUGCCGCGGAGAAGAAGAAGGCAGACCAGCGCCGGCUCCUCAAGCAGCGAUGACGAAGGCAAAGCAGAGGACAGUCCGGGUUCAGGCGAUGACGAGGAUUUCAUUCGGAAGCAAAUCAUGGAAAUGAGCGCGGAUGAAGAUGCUUCCGGUUCCGAAGAUGAAGAAUACAUCAGAAAACAGUUAAAAGAAAUCAGUGCAAAUGAAACUCAGAAGAAGGAAGAAGUUAAGAUCAAAAAAGGAACAGGUGGAAAACACAAGAGGCUGUCGCGUAAAAGUAGUGCAGGCUACGAAGAGGAUCCUGGAAGGCGCCAUUCUUGGCACGAUGACGACGAUGACGAGGCUUUUGAUGAAAGUCCAGAACCAAAAUAUAGAGAGACGAAAAGUCAAGAGGGUGAAGAAAUUAGUGCCACCGGAGGUGGGGGUCUUCGCCGCUUCAAAACGAUAGAACUUAACAGUACAAUUACAAAUAAAUUUUCUGAAGGAUCAGAGACACCCAAGAGAUGUCUAUACUUUGAUGAAGAGCCAGAAUUAGAAAUGGAGAGCCUUACGGAUUCACCAGAGGACAGAUCACGGGGAGAAGGAUCUUCUAGUCUGCAUGCCUCCAGCUUCACCCCAGGUACCUCCCCUACCUCUGUUUCUUCCUUCGAUGAAGACAGCGACAGCAGUCCCAGUCACAAGAAAAUGGGGGGAGAAACCAAGCAGCAGCGUAAGGCCAGACACCGGACACACGGGCCUCUUCUCCCGACGAUUGAGGACUCUUCCGAGGAAGAGGAGCUAAGGGAGGAGGAAGAGCUGCUGAAGGAGCAGGAGAAACAGCGGGAACUAGAACAGCAGCAAAGGAAGAGCUCUAGCAAGAAGUCUAAGAAAGACAAAGACGAGCUCAGAGCCCAGAGAAGGAGAGAGCGGCCAAAGACACCACCCAGCAACCUUUCUCCCAUCGAGGACGCUUCCCCAACUGAAGAACUGCGCCAGGCGGCAGAAAUGGAGGAACUGCACCGGUCUUCCUGCUCUGAGUAUUCGCCGAGUAUCGAAUCUGACCCUGAAGCUUUUGAAAUCAGCCCGGAAAAAAUAAUAGAAGUGCAGAAGGUUUAUAAGCUGCCGACGGCUGUCUCGCUCUACUCUCCCACAGACGAGCAGCCCCUCGGAACGGCCAAGCCAGGGAACAACCAGAAGGCCCUGAGAAGCGCAGAGGAGGUGUACGAAGAAAUGCUGCAGGCCUCUCAGGUGGCCAGGCCUGUUUCAGAGGACAGCGAAAGGGAAGAGGUCUUCGAGAAGGAGCCUCUCUAUGGCGGCAUGCUCAUAGAGGACUAUAUCUAUGAAUCGUUAGUAGAGGGUGCGUACAGUGGGGAGCCCAACCUCAUUUCAAAACAAGAAGAGUGUGAGGAAUUUAGCCAAGAGGAAGAGCAAAGCCGCCCCCCAGAACACAUCUAUGAAGAAUCUAUGCACAAACCCAUUGAUAGGCAAGACACCUACUAUAGGAUAGAGCUUUUGCAUUCAAUUAUGCCUCAAGAAGACAUUGUCUCGAGUUCUUACAUCAUGCCAGAAAGUCAUGAAAUCGUUGUCCUGGACAGUGGGGCACCAUCUUCGGCUGAUGAAAAGCAGCUGCUAGAUGCAGACGCGGUUUAUGAAGAACUGAUGAAGCGGCAGGGAAUACAGCUGACCCCGGGCUCCAGCCCUACUCAGCCGUCCCCUGAAUCAAUUUCCCUCACAAAGAGGAGCCUGUCUGGAGAAGCAGGAGAUAGUAACUCCCUAGUUUCGAGCACUUCUUCAGCAGUUUCGGACACAACGUCAGUGAGCCCCGUGGUGCUGCCCAUUCCAGAUGUUAAAAUUACCCAGCACUUUACAGUUGAAGAAACAGAGGAUAACUAUUUUACUGAUUAUGCCCGUGAGGUGGAAGAAAUUAUUUCCCAGGAAACGUCCAUGUUGACGGACUCUGAGGCCUUAGAAAGUGCCACCCCUGUUUUCCCAUCGGAUACGUGUUCUCUCACCUCUUCUACGUCUUCUGUUUACACCACUGGCACCCCUUCGCCUGUAGCUGGAUCGGACGGCCUUGCUACCAUUUGUAGAGACUCAGUAGAUGCUCUUAAUGGACGAUCAGAUUCAGAUGGGGUCGUUUCCAUGGCACAGGCUAUUGCAGUCUCCCAAAUUGAGGACUACGAAGCCCUUGCAUUAUCCCCCAAGGAGGCACUCAAAGCCAAAGAUCUGACUGAUGCCAGUCAGGGGUCAGGUACCUUUCCUGAAACCGACUCCUUUGUAUCAACUUCUGUGGGAACAAAACCCACAAGUGUCGUCCCUGCUGCCUUGGCAGAAGAUGGCAAAGCUGGAAGAGACGUGGCAAAGUUUCAUGAACUAAAGAGACUUUCUGAAGAUGAAUAUUCAAGGAUUUCCAUUAACGUGGCAGGAAUAGAUGCUGUGUCUGACCAAGAAUUUAUCUCCAUAGUUCCAUUAUGCACUGUUUCUCCUGUCAUCCCUGAAACCUCUCCAGCUUCCGUUGCUAGUUCCCAAACAUGCUCUUUUUUGGAAAGGUCUCCUGUUCAUCCCUCCCCACCGUAUGGCCCUCCUCCACCCCCCCCUCCCCCUCCACCCCCGCCCCCACCUCCCCCGCCCAUUCUACCCAAACCAGCCAUUUAUCCUAAAAGGAAGCCGCUGGUUAAAACGGCAAUGACCACAGUUCCCGCCAUGAUGCCAUCCAUUAGUACUGUCAAGGUAGGGGAGACCUCUGCUGUAAAAACUAGCGUGUCUCCUGUCACAAAAAUAUGCACACCAACCCCGCCCCCCGUCCCCCCUAAGCCAGCUUUAAUUCCAGCAGGGCUUGUAUUCGCGCACAGACCUUCGGAAGUAAUAAAGCCUCCUAUUGCCCCUAAACCAGCCGUUCCUCAGCUACCCGUGUCCGUUUAUAAGCCAACAGAAACACAGUCCAAGCCAGCAAGUCUGCCUUUUACCAGCCCCAUGACUCUGAGCUUGGUUUCCCCUUCUGAGUGCAGAUUGACCUCUCCUACCUCCCCGUCAUUAUCCAAAUCCUCUCAGGAAACCUAUGUUGUUAUCACGUUGCCCUCUGAGCCUGGGACUCCAACUGAAUCCAUUACCAGCCAAGCCGUCAGCAGUUGGCCUGCGGCUUCCCCCUUUAAGGAACAGGCUCCAGAGGCUGUGCAGACCUCAUUCAUGCCGCCUGUAAGUUCGCUGCAAAUGCAAAGUGCAACGGAUCAAAGCAAGAGAAUCCCGGAUGCUUUGAAUGCUGCUGCAUCUAUCCCUACCGGUACUACCGGACAGCCAAUUUUUGGGAUGAUGCCUAAGUCCACUGCAGAACUAAUAACAUCGGGGAUUGCCAGGACUACAGUGUCUUUGGUAAAAAAUGCCAGUUUAGAUAGUGUUUCCAUAACGAUGCCCCCAGACAUAGUUCCUGUGGUAGAGAGAACUAAAUACAGAGAAAACGGAAGAUCCCGUGUCUUUGGGGACAUCAUGGAUCUCCGUACCUUGACUAAGGCUAGCAUUGACAGAGCAGAUAGCUGUAUGGACCUAUCUGCCACUCCCACAGAUGCGAGAAGACAGACGAUGGCAGGUGACACUUCUGGGCAGUGGGUGAGCACAGUUCAGCCAGGGAUCAUAAAUCUCAGCACUGUCUCCAUGGUCAGCCUCUCUUUAGCUCCAGCGGCUGAUGCCGUUCCGGUGGCGACCUGUGCCUCCGCUCUCAGUUACAGCGCAAGUAUAGAAAGCCUCAUAGACCUUGGCCAUGGAAUGGCAACUCCACUUCAGUUAACAACAUCAAAGCCUUUUGAGCCCGGUCCUGGAAUAAUGGGGGGCCAGGCUCUCUUUUCAGGCAGAGAAGAUGCUCCCAUCAAUCUCUCCCUGGGUACGCCAGCAUCGGCACUCGCCUGGGCCGCCACAAAGGCUGCAACUGCACCUCCGCUUGGGGUAACUGACGGCCUCACCGCUUCUCCUGCUAUGGACAGCGGGGUAGUUGACCUGAGCACUACAAAACCCUACAGAACAAUGGUGACCGUUGAUGAGACGACUUCGGGGUUUUUUACAACUGUAAUAGAAGACGAUGAAAAGCCUGUAGAUUUGACUGCAGGGAAAAGGGCUGUUUGUUGCGAUGUGAUUUACAAAUUGCCAUUUGGGAGGAGCUGCACCGCUCAAGCCCCAGCAACCACCCUCCCGGAAGAUCGUUUCGGCUACAGGGAUGACCACUACCAGUAUGGCCGCUCUGGGCCCUACGCUUACAGGGGGGCUGGGGGCAUGAAGCCCUCCAUGUCAGACACCAAUUUGUCUGAGGCCGGGCUCUAUCCGUAUAAAAGCAAGAACGCCUUUGAGUACCAGGUUGGGGCGGCUGAUCUAGCGGUAGACUUGACUUCUGGGAGAGUUACUACAGGUGAAAUUAUGGAUUAUUCAAGCAAGAUUUCUGAUCCCUAUCCAGAGAGCCGGCAUGUGAUUUCUGGCAUUAGUGCACCUCAGUAUUCCCAAGCAAGAAUGGCCUCCUCCUUAGGAGCCCCCUAUGGAAGUGUGUUGAGAUCCUCCAACGGGGUGGUUUACUCCUCAGUGGCAGCUCCGAUCCCAUCGACAUUCGCUAUCACCACACAGCCUGGCUCUAUUUUCAGCACUUCAGUCCAAGAACUGUCUUCUCUUCAUGCCGUUGAUUCAGUGCCUUCCUUGCCAAACCUGCCACAGAGCCAGGCACUCCCAAGAUCACUGCUAUUUUUGACAACCGAAGCUUCUGAAAAAGACACCUCCAUUGCUGACAUUGACCCGGGAAUACAACCUCUCCCUCUAGAGGCUAUUGCCACUGAGCCAACGCUGCCUGUCUUCAGUACAGCUUCUGAAGCCUUCCUGGAUGAAAUUGAAGAUGAAGGAAUUGAUCCCGAAGAAGACAAGCAGCAGCAUAUGGACAUAGAACGUGAGCUUCUGGAGCUUGAGAAACUGAAGCAGCAGCGCUUUGCAGAAGAGCUAGAAUGGGAACGUCAAGAAAUACAGAGGUUUAGAGAACAAGAACAAUUCAUGGUUCAAAAGAAGCUCGAGGAACUGCAUUCCAUGAAGCACCACCUUCUCUAUCAGCAGGAAGAAGAGAGGCAGGCUCAGUUCAUGAUGAGACAAGAAACAUUGGCUCAGCAGCAGCUGCAUAUUGAACAAAUCCAACAACUUCAACAGCAGCUUCACCAGCACUUAGAAGAGCAAAAAAUCCACCAGAUGUAUCAAUAUAAUUAUGAUCCUUCUGAAAUGGUGUCCCCCAAAACGACCACCGAUCAAGUCCUCCUCGAUGGCCAAUAUGCUGCAAGCAGCCAGUUCUGGCCUGGGGAGGAGGUGAUCACCACUUCCUCUGCCCUCCUGGGGAUAGAAAUUCCAGACAGCCAAGGCUGGUACGCUGUCCAGUCGGAGGGCAUGACUCCGUACGUUCCCAAGCCAGGGACGUUCAGUUCCGUUUCUGAGCUAUCUCUUAAGGAUGUGGAUGUGAGAGAGGAAAAGCAACUGAAAAAGAAGAGCUCCACCCCAAAGCUGCACGGCCUUUAUGGGGAGCACGAUGAAGGCACCGAAGGUGAACCCAGGGGCCUUAAAAAGAUAGUCGAGAGCGGCGUCCAGACGGAUGAUGAGGAUAGUGCAGACUUAGGCUAUGCAGACAGGAGACGCAGAACCAAAAAGAGCGUUGACACAAGUGUCCAGACGGAUGAUGAAGACCAAGAUGAAUGGGAUCCCACCAACAGAUCAAGAAGAAAGGCCCGUGGAGGGAAAUAUGAAGGGAGCGCGGAAGUGGAUAAGGCCAAACCCUUUUCCAAGGUCUCCAGUAUUGCGGUACAGACCGUGGCAGAGAUAUCUGUGCAAACUGAACCUGUCGGAACCAUAAGGACUCCAUCGGUCAGGGCCCAGUUAGAUGCAAAGAUAGAAAUAGUGAAGCACAUUUCAGCUCCAGAAAAAACGUACAAAGGAGGAAGUUUGGGAUGUCAGACAGAAACAGAUUCAGACGCACAGAGCCCCCCGUAUCAUAAAGCCACUUCCCCUCAGAAAGAUAAAAAGCGCCCAACGCCAUUAGAAAUAGGCUAUUCAUCCCACCUUCAUCCUGAAAACGCCCUUCAGGUAGCUCCUUCAGCUCCUAAAUCUCCCAAAGUCCUCUAUUCUCCCAUUUCACCUGUUUCUCCAGCUGCGGUCAUGGAAUCGGCCUUUGUGCCCUAUGAGAAGCUGAUGGCUGAAGAGACGAGUUCUCAGAAUAUGUUUCAUGCCGAUGUGCCCACCGGUGCUCAGCUGAGCCCAGAGUCGGCCAAGGGGAUCCAGCGGUCUUUGUCGGACCCGAAGCCUCUGAGCCCCACGGCUGAAGAUCUCCUCUCCAGAGCUCAUUUCCAGUACGCGGAUGGCUUCCUGCAGGCCAAAGAGACUUCGGGGGCCGCAGCAUCAUCGGGACUGCAGAAGAAGGUCAAGAGAACGCUACCCAACCCACCUCCCGAGGACCUUUCGGUAGGGACACAACCGGCCUUCUCCACCGUGGGAUCAGUUUCACGCCGGAGGAUAUGCAGAAGCAACACAAUGGCCAGAGCUAAAAUCCUCCAGGAUAUCGACAGAGAACUAGACUUGGUAGAACGAGAGUCUGCUAAGCUUCGCAAAAAACAAGCAGAGCUGGACGAGGAAGAAAAAGAAAUAGACGCAAAACUCCGCUAUCUGGAAAUGGGCAUAAACCGACGCAAGGAAGCCCUGCUGAAGGAAAGAGAGAAGAGGGAGAGAGCCUACUUGCAAGGGGUAGCAGAGGAACGCGAUUAUAUGUCCGACAGUGAAGUCAGCAGCACCCGGCCGGCCAGGGCAGAAUCCCAGCAUGGCCUGGAAAGACCGAGGACUGCACCCCAAACAGAAUUCGAUCAGUUCAUACCCCCCCAGACACAACCAGAAACUCAGUUUGCAACCCCUACGAGUCCUUACACGCAGUACCAAUACUCUUCCCCUGCCCUUCCUACUCAGGCACCCACACCCUACACGCAGCAAUCCCAUUACCACCAGCAGCAGCCUUUAUAUCAACAGCAGGUUUCGCCCUACCAGACCCAAACCGUGGUGCCCGUGUCCUUCCCUCCCCAGGCUCAACCCCCACCAACAUUACAACCUUCCUAUCAGCUCUCCUCUCCGUUGAUGAUGAUCCCACAAAAGGCAAGGCAAACUUCAUUAUACAUGGAACCCAAGAUAACAACAAACUAUGAUGUCAUCCGUAACCCGUCUCUCAUGAUAGCGCCCGCGUCCUCUGAUAGCGCCUACUCGGUGGCUCAUCUGGGCAGCAAGUAUAGCACUUUGGAUCUGAGGCUGGGACUGGACGAGAGGAGCAGCCUGGCCAGCAGCCCCAUCUCCAGCACCUCCGGCGACUCCUUCUAUGCAGACCUUGAGCACCACAGCACACGCGGUUACGCGCUGCUGGAUGAUAUGGGGGAUCUCACCAAAGAAGGGCCAACCCUGAGUUCCGCCUAUGGGCUGCACGAAAAGGAUCUCAGCAAAGCCGAUAGGCUCCUUCGGACCACUGAGGCCCGGAGAGUGCAAGAGGUCCCAGAUUUCCUCUCGUCCCUGCAAACGUCUUCCAGGCUGCACAGCUACAUGAAGACCGAUGAAGACACAAUGGAGGAUCCCUAUGAACUGAAACUUCUGAAGCAUCAGAUCAUGCAGGAGUUCCGAAGUGGCACAGAAAGUAUGGAUCACUUGGCUGGCCUUUCCCACUAUUAUCAUGCAGAUACGAGCUACAGGCAUUUCCCCAAGUCCGAGAAAUACAGCAUCAGCAGGCUGACUCUGGAAAAGCAGGUGGCUAAGCAGCUCCCAGCAGCCCUUCUUUACCAGAAGCAAUCCAAGCAUAAAAAGGCUUUGAUGGAUCCCAAAUUAUCUAAAUUCUCACCCAUUCAGGAAAGCAGAGACCUCGAGCUUGAUUAUUCAACUUAUUUGGCUUCCAGCACCUCUUCGGUUGGGAGCAUCACCUCCAAAGCAAAACUCCUCCAAGAUGACAUAACAUUUGGCCUCCGGAAAAACAUUACAGACCAGCAGAAGUACAUCGCUCCCACUCUGUCUCAUUCCCUGGGAACGAGCCUUGGCGCAGCGCUGAGUGUCUCCAUGAGGUCGGCUUUGCAGGAUGAGGUGGACAAAUCUUACACCGGCGCUACCCGAUCUAGACCAUCUUCCAGGCCGUCCUCUGUCUACGGGCUCGACCUGUCGCUCAAACGAGACUCUUCCAGCUCUUCUUUAAGGUUGAAAGCCCAGGAAGCCGAACCCCUCGAUGUUUCCUUCAGCCACGCAGCUCCUUCUGGAAGAACUAAGCCUACCAGUCUACCCAUAAGUCAAAGCCGAGGGCGGAUUCCAAUAGUCGCACAGAACUCAGAAGAAGAAAGUCCAUUAAGUCCAGUGGGGCAGCCAAUGGGGAUGGCCAGAGCGGCCGCUGGGCCACUGCCCCCCAUAUCUGCAGACACCAGGGAUCAGUUUGGCUCAAGCCAUUCCCUGCCCGAAGUCCAGCAGCACAUGAGGGAGGAGUCACGCGCUCGGGGCUACGACCGAGAUAUCGCCUUCUUCAUGGACGACUUCCAGCACGCCAUGUCAGAUAGCGAAGGUAAACCAGACUUCAGGCCGCCUUCUCCAUUUCACAGCACAAACCCUAAUUUUAUGCAUGUGUCUGAUUUCAACAUCUCUUGGGAAGUAGGGGGACUUUUUAAAAAAACACCUCUCUACAUUUUUGUAGAUGCAAAUAUGUCUGGAGUGUGCAGGCAUGUUCUUCUCCGCUCGCU